AUGAAAAAGAAAGAACAAGAGUUGAGCGGCGCCUCCUUCUUCUUGGACGAUCUCCUAGGGCUUCUCUUCUCUUCUCUCUCUUCUCACACGAAAGUUUCCCAUGCGCCGAGCCUUCUUCUCCACGUCGUGUAUGGGCCGACAUUGUACCAAGGAAAGCUCCAAACAUUAGCCAGGCCUCUUCUCUAUUCGAUCAAGGCCUUUGGCGCUGCUGCUCGGGCCAUUAGACACUCCAAAUCCUCCAUGGGCUUCGUUUACUCGCUUACCGGACAUGUCUCGGUCUUUUGGAGCAUUCUGGAGCAUAUGGGACAAGGAGCAUGGAGGGACUUGGCACAUGGAAGCAGCUCAACUGGACACGCAAAGGAAGAAGGGAGAAGCCAUCUUGAAGACCAGCUCGACCGUCUACUCGACCAACCGGUCGAGUUCCUCAACUCGACCGGCCAAGCUUCAACUCGAUCGAGCUGA